AUGACAACCCCAGCUAGGAGGCGUCUUAUGAGAGAUUUCAAACGGUUACAAGAAGAUCCACCAGCAGGAGUUAGUGGUGCCCCAUCUGAUAACAAUAUUAUGCUUUGGAAUGCCGUUAUUUUUGGCCCUCAUGACACACCAUUUGAAGAUGGCACUUUCAAGCUAACAAUUGAAUUCACAGAAGAGUAUCCAAAUAAACCUCCAACAGUCAGAUUUAUUUCAAAGAUGUUUCAUCCUAAUGUGUAUGCAGAUGGCAGUAUAUGCUUAGAUAUUUUACAGAACAGAUGGAGCCCCACGUAUGAUGUAUCAGCAAUUUUGACCUCAAUUCAGUCUCUGCUUCAUGAUCCAAACCCCAAUAGCCCAGCAAACAAUGAGGCGGCACAGCUUUACAGAGAAAAUCGCAGAGAAUAUGAGAAAAAAGUUGCUACCAUUGUACAGGAAAGCUGGAAUGAUGAUGAUGAUGAAAGAGAAGAGGAUGAAGAGGAAAGUAAAGCUACCUCUUAG